AUGUCCUCUGACGGCGUGGACUGCGAGGAGCCGCCGUGCAUCAACCCGUACGAGGUGUUGGGCGUGGCCGAGCAGGCGGGCGCAGACGAGAUAAGGUCGGCCUACAGGAAAAAGGCCCUCAGACACCACCCAGACAAGGUCUCGGCUGAGGACAAGGAUGCCGCCCACCGGAAGUUCCAGGAAAUCGCCUUUGCGUAUGCGAUUCUGUCCGACGAGCGGCGGCGUCGACGCUACGACACGACGGGCAACACGGCAGAGUCGCUGGACCUGGAGGACGACGACUUCAGCUGGACGGACUUCUACCGCGAGCAGUUCAGCGUCAUGAUCGACGGGACGCUGCUGGACAAGUUCAAGCAGGAGUACAAGGGCUCGGACGAGGAGAGGGCGGACCUGCUGCGGGUAUAUGAGGAGUGCAAGGGGCAGAUGGACGGGAUCUACGAGCGAGUCAUGGCCAGCGACGUGUUGGAGGACGACGACCGGUUCCGCGCCCUCAUCCGCGACGCCAUCGAGGCCGGCGAGGUCGCGGACUAUCCAGCGUUCACGGAGGAGCCGGCGGAGACGAAGCGGGCACGGCGUAGGGCUGCCAGGAAGGAAGCCGGCGAGGCCAUGGAGAUGGCCCGGGAGCUCGGGGUCGAAGAGAAGCUGUUCGGCAGCGGCAGCAGCAAGAAGACGAAAGGAGGUAAAAGCAGCGGAGACGGGGGCGAGGAUGCGCUGAUGGCGCUCAUCCAGCAGCGCCAGAAGAGCCGGGGAGAGUCCUUCCUGGCCAACCUGGAGGCCAAGUACGCCCCGAAGAAGCACAAGCACAAGCACAAGCGGGCUGCAGAGGACGAUGAACCGCCGGAAGAAGCAUUCCACAAGCCGCGAACCCGGACGCUGGACCGGGACCGGGGCCACCGCGAUGGCCAGAACCAGCACCAGCCACGCGAGAAUAAUGCUAAGAAUAAGAGUAAUGGACGCAAGAGGGCAAAGCCGUGA